UCCCCGGGUAAGGCUCGGCGCGUGGCGGGUAGUUGGAGCCUGUGGGAAAAAAUCCCCGCCGACGGACGGACGGAAGGAAGGAAGGAAGGAAGGAGAGAAGGAGGGACGCAGGCAGGCAGGCAGGCGCUGGGGCUGAAGAGCCCGGCAAGUGCGCCGCCCAGAAAGAACCGGGGUCCGUAGCAAUAGCAGCGGUGGCUGUGGCUGCAACAACUCCGGCGCUUCCUUUCCCCCCCCUUCUCCUUUUCACUGACCAGACUUGGAAAGGAGGCGGAUAGGACUCCGCACCUGCCUAAGGCGUUUUUGGCAGGCGACUGAGGGAGAGGCAAUUGGAGGGGCCCGCCUUUCCCGCCAAAAGAGAAGAGGCGACAAGGGAGAGAGGGAAAGAGUGAGGGGAAGCUCCGUCCGAAGAGAGCAAAAAAGGCGCCUCUUCGCUCCAGCUCUCUCAGGGUUUGGGAAAGAGGGCUUCCUGAGGAAACGCCGGACUCUCCAGAAGGGAGGAAGUGGCCCUGUUUGGAGUGGAGUGGGGAACCCACCGUGCUCAAUUCUGAGGGGCGAGCGGAGCACGAAGAGGCGGCGGGACCUUCGCGCCUGAAAACAGCGAUGCAGGCGAAGCAGACAGAGGAGUAGCCCGUCCCUCCCUUCGGCCUCGACGUGGAUCCCGCCAUGCCUCCAUCCCAAGCCCUUUGGAAGGUCCUCCUCCUCCUCCUCGUCCUCUUCGAAGCAGGGAUUUCGUCCUCUUCUUCGUCCUCGUCCUCGUCCUCCUCCUCGUCGCCCACUUUCUCCCGCCUGCAGCGCAAGAGCUUAGCCAUGGACUUCAUCGUGCCGUCGCUCUUCCGGACCUACCUGCGGGAGCUCGUGCUGGGCGGCGAGGGAGGCUUCACAGCGCGAUGCAGCCUCGUCCUCGACUGCCCGCCGCUCCUCCGCGUCGCCAGCGCCUGGCUGCCCCGAAGCGGAGCUCCCGCCGAGGCCUUGGGGACUGGGAGGACCCGGGCGCCGUCCAAGGUGCUGAAAGGCGGCGGCGGAGGAGGAGGAGGAGGAGGAGGAGGAGGAGGAGGCGGAGGGGGCUCCUCGGCGGUGAGGAAGCUCCGCCGCGCCAAGCAGCUGGUGCUGGAAGUCGGGGAAGGGCACCUGCGCGACGGAUGCGCCCAGCGGGAGGGCAGCCAGCUCCGGUUCGCGCUCAGCGAGGAGUUCCACUGGUGGCUCCGGUCCGGGGAAGGCAGGCUCCGGAUCCGGCUCAUGCCCGAGAGGAGGGCCUCCUUCCAGGGCAGGGAGGGGCGCCUCUCCGCCGCCAUCCGCGCCGCCCAGCCCCGACUCUUCCUCCACGUGGUCGCCCCCGGCUUCAGCAUUCCAGAAUCACCAACAAAUAUCCCUCCACACUCUUUGGAUUUUUCUGCAUGGAAUUUGUCCUGGGUCAUGAAAGAUUCCUUCCCUUCCUUUGCUCCCAGAGGGCGACACUUUUUUGACUGCAAUUUUGAAUCUCCCUGUGAUCUGGAGUAUUUCCCACCAAUGAGGGAGGGGUCCUGGCACAGAGUAAGUGCAGAUGAGCUCUCACAGCUCCAUCUUUUGGAUGGCCCCGAUAGAGAUCACUCUGAAGACUCAACAAAAGGCUCAUUCCUGUACCUUAAUACAUCAGAAAACACGAAUUUCCUAAUUUUGAGUCCUUGGUUGAAAAGCAGUAGUGAAGACUGCACUAUACAAGUCGCUAUCUACAGAUACUUCCAGCAAAGUGGGGAAUAUGUCAUUCAAAUUCACCAUGCUAAUGAAAGCCGCAUCAAAAUCCCACUCAUAUCAAGCAGAGAAAAACAUGGUUGGAUGCUUGUCCAGGAAAGAGUUGGGCACCUUGAGAAACCUUUCCGGAUCUUCUUGGAAUAUACUCCUAGUGGGAACAGAAGUGUUGCUGCCAUCGAUUCAUUUGCAAUGAAGAACUGCAGCAUAGGACUUCCUUUGAGUUCUAAAAUGGCUCUGCAGAGUUCUUUCAACUGUUGGAAUGGAAUGACAAUCAAGCUGGGACAGGUGUGUGACUUCACCAGAGACUGUGCUGAAGGAGAGGAUGAGGGACAGCAAUGCAAAAAACUCCCCCCUGGCUUCUACUGCUCCUUUGAGAAUGGAGACUGUGGAUGGACUCAGAGUUCACCAACCCCUCAAGAGGCCCAUUUCUGGCAUAUUGGAAACCCACAGAAUAAGCAUUUUUGUUUACCAAAAGAAUGUUCAUUUUUGCUGAACACCAGUGAGAUACCAGUUGCAGAAGCAGUGGUGAUGACCAGUGCAGUGUUUCCAGCUCCAAUGAAAAACUCUCCCUGUGAGCUUCGUUUGGCAUGGUUCCUCCACGGUAUCUUGCUUGGAGAUGUUUCCCUCUUCCUUGUUGAGAACAAGACUGGGAAGGAAUACAGCAGAAAGCUGUGGCAUUUUGAGAACAGAAAAGGAUUGGGGGUCUGGCAGAAGAUGGUCAGGCCUCUCAUUGAUGUGUCAGACAGGUUUUGGAUUCACAUUAUUACAUCCUGGAAAGUUGGGUCAGAAGCCAUCAUUGCUUUUGAUAAUGUAUCACUCAGCCUGGACUGUUACCUAACAAUCAAUGAAGAGAAGACAUCUCAAGACCACAGUCCGGAUGCAGGCAAUCUGCUCACAGAAAAAGGCAGAGGCGAAGGACAUUUUACAGAAGGGCCAACCCAGGAUCCUGCACCAUUUAGCUUUGGAGAUAAUUGGCUGUUUACCACUUGUGGUGCCAGUGGACCUCACGGGCCCACUCAGACCCAAUGUAAUGAUGCCUACAGGAAUGUCAACCUCAGUGUACUCUUAGGGGCAGAAGAAAGUUUCCCAGGUGUACAGAUCUGGAAAGUACCUGCAACAAAUACCUACAGCAUCUCUACUUAUGGUGCAGCCGGCGGCAAAGGGAAGAACACCAUAAUGAGGUCAAAUGGUGUGAAUGUAGCAGGGAUAUUUAAACUCCAGAAGAAUGAAUCCUUGUAUAUUUUGGUGGGGCAACAAGGAGAAGAUGCAUGUCCUAGUGCCAAUCACAUCAUUCAGAAAGUCUGCCUUGGAGAGAAUAAUGUGGUUGAAGAGGAAAUUAAAGCAAACAAGAGCAUCUAUGAAUGGGCAGGAGGAGGUGGUGGAGGUGGAGGAGCAACCUAUAUAUUUAAGAUGGAGAAUGGAAAGCCAGUUCCUUUGAUCAUUGCAGCAGGGGGAGGUGGUAGGGCCUAUAGGGCCAAAACAUAUACAUUCAACUUUGAAAGACUGGAGAAUGAUACUUCUGUACCAGGGCUCAAUGGGAGACCAGGAGCUGCAGGUGGUGGAGGUGGCUGGAAUGAUAACACUUCCUUCCUCUGGUCGGGAAAGUCUUUGCUGGAAGGCGCUACCGGAGGAAAAUCCUGCCCCCAGGCCAUGAAGAAGUGGGGGUGGGAGACAAGAGGGGGUUUCGGAGGGGGUGGCGGGGGGUGCUCCUCAGGUGGAGGAGGCGGAGGAUAUAUAGGUGGCAAUGCAGCAGAAGACAAUGAUCCAGAGAUGGAUGGAGAGGAUGGUGUUUCUUUUCUAAAUAUCCAGUAUGGUACAUUGUUUACCCCUGCAUUAAAAGUGACUGAGGGGCAUGGGGAAGUCAACAUCAAGUUAUAUGUGAACUGCAGCCACUGUGCCCAUGAUUUAUGCUAUAGGGAUGCGAAGACGCAGGAAAUUGUUUGCACUUGUCUCUAUGGAUAUGUCUUGGCUGACAAUGGUAUCUCUUGCUCAGCUGAAAUGGUGCAGCCAACGAAGAACCCUCCUCUCUCCUUGGUGUUGUCUGUAGUGACUUCUGCUCUUGUUGCAUCUCUCAUUCUGGCCUUCUCAGGGAUCAUGAUAGUGUACCGCCGGAAACACCAGGAACUGCAAGCCAUGCAGAUGGAGUUACAGAGCCCUGAGUAUAAACUGAGCAAGUUGCGCACCUCCACCAUUAUGACCGACUACAACCCAAAUUAUUGCUUUGCAGGGAAGACCACUUCCAUUAGUGACCUUAAAGAGGUGCCCCGGAAAAAUAUUUCUCUAAUAAGAGGUUUAGGCCAUGGAGCCUUUGGGGAGGUGUAUGAAGGUCAAGUGGUUGGGAUCCCAAGUGACCCCAGUCCCUUGCAAGUGGCUGUAAAAACUUUGCCAGAGGUUUGUUCUGAGCAAGAUGAACUGGAUUUCCUCAUGGAAGCUCUUAUAAUCAGCAAAUUCAACCAUCAGAAUAUUGUGCGUUGCAUUGGGGUGAGCUUGCAGGCACUGCCACGCUUUAUUCUGCUGGAGCUUAUGGCUGGAGGAGACUUGAAAUCUUUCCUAAGGGAGACACGACCAAGACCAAGCCAUCCCUCCUCCCUGGUCAUGCUGGACCUGCUACACGUGGCUCGCGACAUUGCUUGUGGCUGUCAGUAUUUGGAAGAAAACCAUUUCAUUCACAGAGACAUUGCUGCUCGAAAUUGCCUACUUACUUGUAAAGGCCCUGGAAGAAUAGCUAAAAUUGGAGAUUUUGGAAUGGCUCGAGACAUAUAUAGGGCAAGCUACUACAGAAAAGGAGGGUGUGCAAUGCUCCCCGUCAAGUGGAUGCCACCUGAGGCCUUUAUGGAAGGAAUAUUUACAUCCAAAACGGACACCUGGUCAUUUGGAGUGCUGCUGUGGGAAAUAUUCUCUCUUGGAUAUAUGCCUUAUCCCAGCAAAAGUAACCAGGAGGUCCUAGAGUUCGUAACAAGUGGAGGAAGAAUGGAUCCACCAAAAAACUGCCCUGGCCCAGUAUAUCGGAUAAUGACCCAGUGCUGGCAACACCAGCCUGAAGACAGGCCAAAUUUUGCCAUAAUACUGGAGAGGAUUGAAUACUGCACCCAGGAUCCUGAUGUUAUCAAUACUGUUCUGCCUGUGGAAUAUGGCCCGUGCAUUGAAGAAGAAGAAAAAGUUCCAGUCCGUCCCGAAGACCCUGAGGCAGUUCCUCCUCUGCUAGUCCUGCCACAGCAAGAGAAAAGGGGUGCUCAACAGCUCUUGCCAUCCCCUCUCUCCUUGGCCUUAGCCAUCCCUCCUGGAAAGCCUCUUAUGAAAGUGGCUGGCAUUGAGCAGCCGCCGGUCCGUGGCAACCCACAGGCACCCCUGGAAGGAGGACAUGUCAACAUGGCAUAUGCUCAGUCCAACUCUGCGACUGAGCUCCAUAAAGGUGGGGGGUCCAGAAACAAACCCACCAAUCUCUGGAACCCAACAUAUGGCUCUUGGUUUUCAGAGAAGCCAGUUGUCAAAAACACUUCACAGGUGGAAAAAGAGGCAACUGAAAGGGAAGGUUCUGGGCAUGAAGGGAACAGUACUUUGGGACCCAGCAUUGUGACUGGAAGACUGCCAAGCUCCUCCCUUCUUCUAGAACCAUCUUCACUGACAGCCAGUGUUAAAGAAGUGCCUCUGUUCAGGCUCCGCCAUUUCCCGUGUGGGACUGUUAACUAUGGAUACCAACAGCAGGGCUUGCCUUUGGAAACCCCUGCUCCACCCUUGUGCCAACAGUUACGGGGGUCCUCACCGUAGAAACUUGGCCUGUCCAGGGCCUUGAAAGUCUCCAGUUCUCUUGACUUUCUUCCUUUGCGACUCGUGACUCAUGAGCCUUGGAAUGAACUUCAGUGUCAUCAACACAGAAAGCAUGAGAGAAAAGAAGAUACUCCUCUGUUCUGUGUCAACAUGCUCAGAAGUGGCACCCUUUGAAGCUAUGUUUUCCCCCCAGCACUCGAGAAGCCUCCGUGCUUCAGAGCCCCUUCCUAUAUCUAUACCUACACACAAAGGUCAUCAGUCAAUAUUAUCAGCAAGGCCCCAUUCUCAGUUGCAUAAAAAAUCAUCUGCAUGAUUGCUAUAUGCUAUGUGCUUCCCCAUGCGCUGCUUCCUCUCAGUUGUUUGUGUGCAGUUUCAUGACUCACAGUUCAAGCGUUCGGAGAUUUCCUCUACUGCCAGAUGCAAAAUAUGGAAAUCCUUGAUGUCAGAGGUUUGAAGAGACGAUGGGGAAAACAAUCAUACUCCUAGCAGGAGAGCGGGGACAGAUAAUGUUGACUCUGAAAGGGCACGUAGCCAGUGCACCUACUGUGGGGCCCUUCCACUGUAUCGUUAGCAAGAAAACCAAAUUAAUUGCACUCCUUUCAUGCCCCAAAGGGACACUGUAGGAAAUAAUGCAACAUGGUAAAAUUCUGUAGUGCUAUCUUGGUGAAAAUGUGAAAUCCUUUCAUAUUAUCUGUCAUGGAGUGAUGCCGACUUAAACUUUCAUACAUACAUUUUGAAGGUGUUUAUGCUAAAAUUUAGAGCUGGGCCUGCAAAUCUUUGGCUCUUCUGAUAUUUGGGGCUACAACCUGUUGCAACUCCUUACCAUCAGCUAUGUUGGUUAAGGCUUGAGAGAGUUCAAAUUAGAAAUGUUGGGGAUGGGAAGGAGAACAACGUUCUUCAUCUCCGUUUUCCAGCUUGUACAGCAAGGAAGCCAUUGGUGUUGUGUGUACAUGGAUAGUGUCCAGGCAGUAAAGCAGGAAUAUCAUUGUAAA